CGUCUCUUUGUUGGUGUAGCAGCAGCUGCGCUCAUGUUGUUGUACUCCGGCUACGGAAAUAUUUUCCCCUCUCGAAAUAUAUCGUCUCCUGUUACGGCGAAGUCCACACAUAUAUUAACGUUUUCAGUUCAUAUAUUACUUUGCUAUAAUACUAAGUUGGCAGAGUAAUGGACUCAGACGAGGGUUAUAACUAUGAAUUCGACGACGAGGAGGAGGAAUGCAGCGAAGACAGCAACGAAGAGGAUCCCGACGACGACACCCUGGAAGUGGAGUUGGUUGACCCUGUUGUGGCCGGUGGUGAACGAGAUGAAUGUGGGGAGACUGGUGGCAGUGGCUUAGGCCCCGGCCAAGACGAAGAGGACUAUCGAUUCGAAGUACUGACUGCUGAACAGAUCCUCCAGCAUAUGGUGGAGUGUAUCAGGGAGGUCAACGAGGUCAUCCAGAACCCUGCUACAAUAACAAGAAUACUUCUUAGUCAUUUCAACUGGGACAAAGAGAAACUGAUGGAAAGGUAUUUUGACGGGAACCUCGACAAGUUGUUCUCAGAAUGCCAUGUCAUCAAUCCCAGUAAGAAAUCAAGGACACGAUUGAUGAACACAAGGUCUUCAGCUCAGGAUAUGCCCUGUCAAAUCUGCUAUCUGAACUACCCUAACUCGUACUUCACUGGCCUGGAGUGUGGACACAAGUUCUGUAUGCAGUGUUGGGGGGACUACUUGACUACUAAAAUCAUUGAGGAGGGAAUGGGACAGACAAUCUCCUGUCCUGCUCACAGCUGUGAUAUAUUGGUGGAUGACAACACAGUCAUGCGACUGAUAACAGAGUCCAAGGUUAAGUUGAAGUACCAACACUUGAUUACCAAUAGUUUUGUAGAGUGCAAUCGACUGUUAAAAUGGUGUCCAGCACCUGACUGCCAUCAUGUUGUCAAAGUCCAGUACCCAGAUGCCAAGCCUGUGAGAUGCAAAUGUGGACGGCAGUUCUGCUUCAAUUGUGGUGAGAACUGGCACGAUCCUGUCAAAUGUAAGUGGUUGAGAAAAUGGAUCAAAAAAUGUGACGACGACAGUGAAACGUCCAACUGGAUCGCAGCAAAUACAAAGGAGUGCCCCAAAUGCCAUGUGACCAUUGAGAAGGAUGGAGGGUGCAAUCACAUGGUGUGUCGAAACCAGAACUGCAAAGCAGAGUUCUGUUGGGUGUGCUUGGGACCCUGGGAGCCGCAUGGAUCUGCUUGGUACAACUGCAACCGCUACAAUGAGGAUGAUGCCAAGGCAGCGAGGGAUGCCCAAGAGGUGUUGUGCUCCGUCCUUCUCCAGCGUUCCCGAGCUGCCCUGCAGAGGUACCUGUUCUACUGCAACCGCUACAUGAACCACAUGCAGAGCCUGCGCUUUGAGCACAAGCUGUACGCCCAGGUGAAGCAGAAGAUGGAGGAGAUGCAGCAGCACAACAUGUCCUGGAUUGAGGUGCAGUUCCUGAAGAAGGCCGUGGACGUGCUGUGCCAGUGCCGCUCCACGCUCAUGUUCACUUACGUGUUCGCUUUCUACCUCAAGAAGAACAACCAGUCCAUUAUCUUUGAGAACAAUCAAGCAGACUUGGAGAAUGCCACCGAGGUGUUGUCUGGGUAUCUGGAGCGGGACAUUUCCCAGGAUUCACUGCAGGACAUAAAACAGAAAGUACAAGACAAGUACAGAUACUGUGAGAGUCGGAGACGAGUGCUGCUGCAGCAUGUGCACGAGGGCUACGAGAAGGACCUCUGGGAGUACAUUGAAGAUUAAGGAUAGACUUUUAAGAAUCUACCAACUAGAGUGCUGAUGCAAAGCGUUUGGGGCAGCACUGGUCUCAGCCAUAGCUGUUGAUUGUCCCAAUAUUGCGUUUCUUUUGUUUGUUUUUUCUUCUUGGAUUUGUUUUAUGGCAAGAUUAAAUAAAUUAUAUCAAAAUAAAAAGAUAGACUAUUUAAAAAAAGAAAAAAAAGGUUAAUUGUACAACAGUAUUGUUUGUAGAAAAUUUGAUCGUGAGGACGAAAAAAAGAAAAAAACUCCCCCUCAAUUGGUCAAGUUUGUAACAUCACUCCUUUUCAGGUCAUUUUUAUGUUUUUCAUUUUUCUUCUAAAUUCCCUUGUGUGGUUUUGUGUCCAGCUCAAUGCUACAUGUUCAAGCCAUGUCUUGUUAGAUCCUGUUUUGGGUUUUCGAAUGUUGAUUUGCUGAUUGUAAGGUGCAAAACUAUGGUUGUAAAGCAAAAAAAAUAAUAAGCAUAGGGUGUGCAGUAUAGAAAGAUUUUUUCUUUUCCCCAAAUGUAAAUAAUGCAUAUGCAUGCGACAGCAAGUGUGGCACACAUUUCUUUUUUUUCUACAACUUAGAAAUAUUUAUUCUUUGCAAAUAUUCAGUAUAGUUGCUGCGUAGAAGACAUGUUCCUCUUGCUUCUUUUGAAUCAAUUCUUUGUUAGGGUUUUGGAAGCUGCAUAGCUAGUGUACACAGGACGCUGGAAACGGUUAUUUGAUGUUUGGAUGAGGUUGUAACAGGUUUAAAACUAUUCUGACUACAUGUAUGGAAACUUUCAUGAAAGGAUUCCUGUAGGUAUGACUAAACCAACCUUUUUCUAAAAUCUUGUCCAAUUUUGGUCCAGAAACAGGAAAUGCAGAUGUUGAACUUGUAACCCUGGGUUUGAAAAAACAAAAUCCCUUUGGAGGCAUUUUGAAAGAAGAAAACUGGACUAGGAAAGGAGUCCUGUCUGUUUGAUCCUUUUUUUCACCUUUCUGUCUUGUUUACUAGCCCUCCUGUUUUUCCCUAGACAUUCUAAUGUUACGAUAAAACACUACCAACUGUUUCAUGAGAGCCAAAUUGAGUGACAUUCACUCAUUGUUAAAAGAAAAAAGACAACAAAAAAAACUUUAACAGACUUGAGCUUUUAUUCAUAUGGUUUUGUAUGCACCUUGGUAAUGAGGAA